GUUUCUCUUUCAUUUCCAGAUCAACUGCAAGCCACCCCUCUGCCCUGUCUGUGUAAGAUCGGAACAGCGUCCCUCGGGAAUCUCCAGGUAAAACAUGUCUACGGAGGAGAGGCAUAUAUUUUAUAGCGCAGUGGUGCAAGUACCAACAAGGCGACCCAUACCUACUGUGACGGGAAGGAUUCCAGUCAACUUACUUCUCUACAAGGAAACUCGGUUUUGGUUUGAUGGUCCAGAAGACUAUGAGGAUGUUGUUCCGCAAACCUUGGUGGCUGGAGAGGGAUUUCUGGGGUAUCGUGAACGCGUGAGUCGUAUAGCGGCCCAACAGCUUUUGCAGAUGCCUAUCCCAGAACAAGAAGUGCCACCUAUUAUUGACAAGCUUGUUCAGAAGCUUUCGGUGGUGUCUGAAGUGCCCAGUCAUAUGCCUAUUACUGUGUUGAUAUUAGACAUCACUGUGUCCUUAAUGGGUAGUGCCGACUAUGAUCAGGUCAUUGAUUGGGUUGCCAGACAAACCUUCUCGUAUUUGGGCCAUCCCAUUAGAGGAGGUGAGGUUAUAGGGGAACCAAGUGCAUCAUACAAGGCAAGUCGCACUCCUGCAGCUACAUCGUUUAUUCAUGGUUUGCAGAGAUUAAGACUUGAUAGUUUGGAACAAGCUGUUAUUAGAGAGAGUCCAACUUGUGCCAUCUGUCUUCAGGAUUUUGCAGAAUCUGUUGAAGAACUGGUCACUUGUUUGCCCUGCAAACACUAUUAUCAUAUCAAUUGUAUUGUUCUGUGCCUGGAGAUCAAUCACAUUUGCCCCAUGUGCCGAUACCCAAUGCCAACUGCGGAAGCCUGCAAGCCAUUAACAAAUGCUACUGCAAAUUAAUUGUCAACUUGCACAACUGGGAUGAUCCUAAGUUAUAAAUUUAUUGGAUGAGUUGAUCUUUCCAUCUGUAUUUUAUUUUCAUUUAUUAGCUGAAGUUCUGUAUUUUGUUAUACAGAGGUUAGUCCUUUUUUUAUCUUUUUUAAGCUUUGUUGACGAAAAGAAUUUUUCUGUUAUUGUCAUCACAUUUGGCUUGCUAAUAAUUAGCCUAUUCCAUUUCUCAUACC